AUGGACAAAGCCCGGGAGCGACUGGCGGCUUUUCGUGAAGCACAGGCGAAGCAGGAUAAGAUCGUCGAGCCGCAUCCGAAAGUCGCCGAAAAGGUCGUGCAGAGCCGUCCGGUGUCUUCAGCCCCCUCAUGGGACUUGCUGGAUGCUCUCCCUUUUCGCUUUUGGCGAUCUUGCUAUGCUGCCCGACCGGGCUUGACCCUGAUCGCGACCUCACUCACCUACGUCGUUGGUCAAGGAUUUUUCAUCUGGGCCCACUUCGGUAGCGUCUUCUUCGUCUUCUCGGCGUUAAUUACGAUUUGCUUGGGUCUCGGUCAACGAGCCGAAGGAGAGCUGUCGGCCUAUUCGGUCUUCAACGAGAAUUGUGAACGUCUACCCGGCCAGAUGACCGCCGAGCAUUUUGAGCCGGAUGAACUUGGGCUGAGGAACAAUAUGGAAGCGUCACACAGUUUGCUCCUCAACGAAGACGCUUUGAAAGACCUGCACGAACAGCGGAGGCCACUUUUUGUCUACGAAUGGCUCCGCUACCUAGACAAGAUUUUACCCGUUACUCACAAUGCGGAACUGAAAAGCAUCCAACCCAAGUUGAUUGCGCAGCUCCAUCAGCGCCUACAGGCAGGCGUCGGCCCUCCAACCCGGACCCUUUUGGCCAAAUGUAUUGCCAAGACAUAUUCCCUCGGCGAUAUCUACAGCGUCACGGCCACGAUGAACCUUUGCAAUGAUUUGCUUGAGUCGAAGGAAGACUCCGCCCAACAACUCAGCGUGAAAAUGGCAGCCCUCAGUGUGCUGGGCGCGCUAUACGAGAGCUUGGGACGUCUUGCGGGUGCCUCCUAUCAAGAUCUAUUCAAUAUUCUAACAAAAUGGCUUUCACGUGCAGAGUCCCAAGUACGUGCCGAAAUAAUGUCGAUGCUGGCAAAAAUGGUCAAAGGUCUGGGUACUGGUGGCGCCAAGAUUCACAAGGAUUUGUACAAAUUAGUGAAGAAAUACGCAGAAGAUCGGGUUAUGGUUGUCCGGGUAGCCGCUGUCGAGUGCUUGACGGCCCUAGUUCCUGUUUAUGUGCCGAUGUUUACCACUGAUGUUGAAGCCAUGAUCACGCUGGCCACAAAGGCCCUUGACAAUAGCAACUACGAAUGCCGUGUGGCUCUUACGCCUCUUAUUGAUCGCUGUAUAAACCGAUUGGAGCACCUUCGCGGCUAUGCGGAUGCGCUUUCUGGCUAUUCCGUCGGAUUUUUGGUGAAAAACUAUGGCGUCCGCAUGCGGCCUCUCGUCGGGUCCUUGCGAGUGCGUCUCUACACACUGACCAGCCUGCUCAACCCAAAGUGCUAUGAGACGAUAUUUGCUCCCCUUCUCCGCGAGCUGGUUGCGGACUUGACACUCAGUGAUAAUGCUCAAGCAACUUAUUCAACGAGUUUGGCUGUUUCUCUAUGCACCGGUGCCGAGACAACCCUCCUCGCACCAUGGUAUGACUCAACGGAUCAAAGCAUCUUGGAGAAUUCGAUGAAUGCCAGUUACAACGGCAGUGUCGGUUCUCCGGAGUUCGACAGCACCUCGACGGUGUCAUCGAAUGCACAAUCGCUCUCGUUCUGUUGGCCAGAACCUUUGCCGGUGGAAGUGCGCUGCGUCGACUUGGCCGUUGUCAACUAUGGACGCGUUUUUCCGUUCAUCUCCAAGAAGCACCAAGUUCAGAUCACCGAACACUUCGCCUCGGUAAUCAAGGAACAGAAAAACCCACAACGGCAGUUUGUGAUCCAAACCAAUUCGAUCUGCGCCAUCGUCUCUGCGCUGCGAACGAUCAGCGAGCACAAGGGCUUCCGCAUUGAGCCAGAGACCGUCACUAAAACAAUCUUUGAAUUUGUCAGAAUCGGCCUGAUGUCCGCCGUCCCAACAAUUCGCUGUAUUUGUGCGGAAGCGAUCGGCCGAUUAGCCCAAGCAGUUGGUGAUGCACAGUACGUUGCAUCGGUCGCGCAGUUCUGCUUCGGGAAGCUCGAGACGGUCCGUGAUGUCCCGACAAGAACGGGGUACUCUUUGGUGUUGGGCUGUUUGCACAAACAUGUCGCGCUAACACCGAAGUUGUGCAAUGUAUUGGCAAAUUGU